UUACGACGUCAACGUGAUUCGAUCUUUUUCCGCUUUGAGCACUGAAGAUGGCGGUCGGUAAAAAUAAGGGUCUCUCUAAAGGAGGUAAAAAAGGUGGUAAAAAGAAGGUAGUAGAUCCCUUCUCCCGCAAAGAUUGGUACGAUGUGAAAGCUCCAAACAUGUUUGUAACACGCCAGAUUGGUAAAACUUUAGUGAACCGCACCCAAGGUCAGAGAAUCGCUUCUGACUACUUGAAGGGCCGUGUGUUCGAAGUGUCGCUGGCCGAUUUGCAGAACGACAAUGACUCUGAUCGUUCAUUCCGCAAAUUCCGUUUGAUUGCUGAAGAUGUUCAGGACCGCAACGUGCUCUGCAAUUUCCACGGCAUGGAUUUGACCACAGAUAAGUACAGGUCAAUGGUAAAGAAAUGGCAAACGCUCAUCGAAGCCAUUGUCGAGGCUAAGACCACUGACGGCUACAUGUUGCGUGUUUUCUGCAUUGGUUUCACCGCCAAGGAUCAACAAUCUCAGCGUAAAACUUGCUACGCUCAACAGUCUCAAGUGCGUAACAUUCGCUCAAAAAUGACUGAUAUCAUCACCAACGAUGUGACCAGUUCUGAUUUGAAGCAAUUGGUAAACAAGCUCGCACUUGAUUCCAUUGCCAAGGACAUCGAAAAGAAAUGUCAACGCAUCUACCCAUUGCAUGAUGUUUACAUUCGUAAAGUUAAGGUGUUGAAGAAGCCACGUUUUGAUCUGUCCAAAUUGUUAGAAUUGCACGGUGAUGGUGGUGGCAAAGGCACUGAUGCUGUUGUUUCGGCAGAAGGUGCUGUUGUCGAAAGACCCGAAGGUUACGAACCACCCGUUCAGGAAUCAGUUUAAACAAAGAAUUGAAUUACAAAACAUUCAUUUUAUAAUGUAGAAGAUAUAAAGAAAAGAAAACCACCAAAGCUCUCAUAUAUGGGAGUUUUGUAGAAAAAUUUAAAUAA